AUGUCAGCUGCACAAGAAAAUUAUCAUCCUGUUAGAACCGACGUAGAUGAAAAAGGCAUAUUUAGAUGGUUGUGCACUUAUGCUAUGAGGGCAAAUGCCAAUGCACAAUAUCUCUUAGCCCACUGUUUUCGAUUGGGCAUAGGAACGGACAAAGAUCAAAAAAUAGCUUUUCUAUGGUACAGGCUUUCUGCGGAAAAUGGAAAUGUAGAUGCUCAAUGGAUGUUAGGACAAUAUUACGAAUAUUACGAAUCCAAUACGAAAUCUCCUAAAAACAAAGAAAAAGCGAUGGAAUGGUAUUUUAAAUCUGCAAACAGUGGAAAUGCAAAUGCACAAUAUAGAAUGGGAUUACACUUUCAUUUUAUUAAAGAUUUAAAGAAGGCAUUUAAAUGGUAUCUUCUUGCUGCAAAGCAAGGAAUCCAUGGUGCGCAAUGUUCUUUGGGAAAUUGUUACCAAAACGGAAUAGGAGUAGAUAGAAAUGAACAGACGGCAUUCAAAUGGUACUUAACAUCUGCUGAAGGAGGAUACGCUGAGGCGUAUCUUCACGUUGCGGAAUGUUAUUAUUAUGGUAAAGGUGUAAAUCAAGACAUAAACAAAGCAAUGAUGUGGCAUUCAAAAUCCACCCGAGGAGGAAAUGUUUGGGUAGAACUUUAA